GUACGGGAGAUAAUCGUUGAGUGUGCGCGGCGUAUUAUUCGACCAAAAUUUAUUGGAAAAAGGGUAUCGCGUAUACGGGCACGUACAAUUUUCUAGUGUUGUUAUUAUUUUUCGACCGAGUGUGUGCGUGUGUGUGUGCGUGCGUGCGUGUGUCUCCAUGUAUACGUGAUUUUUGUCGUUGUGAAAAAUUUAUUGUCGUUGUGUCGAUUCCGGGAUCUGAGAAAGGUGCGUCGUAACCUUUUGCCGUCCUAACCUCGUUUCGCCGUUCGUCCGUUUUCUCCCGUUAUCGACGCUACAGCCGUGCGUACACUUGCGCGUGUAAACGACAUCGCUGGCCAUGUUCGAAGCCGGUGUCGCAGACGUAUUUAAGUGUAGCAGAUACAAAAUAUCAUUGUUAUAGUGUGUGAUAUAUUAAGCAUCUUUAUAAGUUUUUAUACAUAUACAUAUACAUACAUAUAUAUAUAUAUAUAUAUAUACCUAUUGUAGAGUUACGUGUAGUUUUUAGUCAUACGUAUUAUUGCAUUUGUUGUUGUUAAUAAUGUACGCGUCGCGGUUAUGUUCAAUUUUUGGUUCGCCUAGCGCGAACGGCACGGGCAUAACGUAGUGGCUGACUAGAAAUAUUAUGUACGCUGGUGUUCACGGGUGGCGGCGGCGGGGUGUUGGCAAACGUUCUGCUGCCUGUGCCUUCUAACAUGGCUGCUGCACACGCGGAAAAUCAACCGAAUAGCGACGUGAAUAAUCGCGACCAAGAAAGGCCACCACUGGACGUGCCUGGCUUCCAAAAUGGCAGCCACGAUCGCAGGACACCUAUGAGCCUUCAGGCUCCUGAAUCGCCCAAGAGUGGCAAGCAACAGCACCAGGUGCCUGUCAAUCAUCAUAGUUAUGAAAAUAUGACCGGAGGUGGUGCCGGUCCUGGUAAUGGUAACGGAGGACCACAAUAUAAUCGACCAGAACACGGUGAUCAACCGUCGGUUGAAGGAGAAUUACCUAAAGUUAAUAAUUUUGAACAGGGGCCACCUGACAAAGAUGGUUAUCCUCCACCUCCCCCUAGUGGUUUUAGAAAUAACUUUGGUCAUCAUCCACCACUCAAUGAACAGCACCAUGUUAAUAGCAACUCUGAGCCAAAUAGCUUUAAUCAAUUCAGGCAUGCAUAUUCUAAACCUAUGAUGCGUGUGCCGGGACCCCAAGGUGCAAUGUUCCCCCAGCAACGGUACCAUUUAUCUGGUCAAAGUAUAUCGCAACCGACUGGACCUACUCCCACGCUCAACCAAUUAUUACAGUCAUCCAAUCCAGCAACUAGGUACCAAAAUAACUAUAAUAAUGAAUACCAAAAACCUGAUGGUCAACCUCCACCACCUCAAAAUCAACAACAUUAUAAUCAGAAUUGGCCACCUCCGCCUCGACACAACAUGCCACCUUAUCCUCCUCAACAUGGCAUGCCUUAUAGAAAUGUACCUCCAGGAGCCAACCCGAGAGGACCGACUCCGCCACCAUCUCCGGGCCAUCCGGCGCACUAUCCUCCGCCGCCUUCGUCGCCCACCGGAUACCAACAACAUCAUAGGGUACCACCGCUUCAUCAUCAGUAUCCUCCUGGCCCCCCUGGACCAUCGCCGCUGACCCCCCAACAACAACAACAACAGCCGCCGCAGCAGCAACAGACUCCUUAUGGAAACUACCCUAAUCAGCAACAGCAGCAGCAAGGACCGCCACCGAAUGACCGACAGCAACAACCGCAGAUACCGCCUCAACCGCAUGCCAGCGGUCCGGGACCGACAGCUUCAGCGAGUCCACCAGCUUCGCAAAAUGUCCAACAUCCAUCUCCUCCUCCGCAGCUGCAGCCACCGCCACAACAACAACAGCCACUACCACCACAUCAGUCACCGCCUCAGGCUCACCCGGAUUUAACGAGUCAGAAUAGUAACGAUAGUAAUUGUGGCGGCGGUACAGGCAAUGGUGGAACCCCUUUACGACCGUCACCAUCACCCACAGGAUCUAGUGGAUCGCGGUCUAUGUCACCUGCUGUUACAGCGUCUGGUGGUCAACCACAGCAACAACAAAACAUUCCAAUGCCGCCUAGGCCUCCUAGUAGCCAGCAGCAACCAGAUCCUGGACAAGUCGCACAGGGUAGUAAUAAUCGAAUGAGUCACUCACCUAUGGGUCCUCAACAAGGAUAUCAACAACAACCAUCACCUCAAUCUCAGGGUAGCAUGCCUUCGCAUAUGACAUCUUCUUCGCCAGGAGGGCCAGGGAAUCCAUAUAAAAUGUCUGGUCCUAACCCUUAUGGUCCUCCACCUCCAGUCACUUCACAUGGUGGAUAUCCAACACAGCAACCACCACCACAACCAAUGGGAGCUUAUCCCCAACAGCCUCCUCCUGGUAAUUAUGGUGCUAGACCUGGUUUACCUUAUCAAGGGUAUCCACCAUCUAGUAAUGGUCCACCUCAACAGCAGUACUCUCCAAGAGGUAUGCCUAUGCAUCAUGGACCACCACAUCAAUUUCCACCUUAUCAGGGUUGGCCUGGCAGUUGUCCGCCACAAGCACCACCAUUAAAUAAUAGUCACCUUAGUGGGCUUUCACAACCACUCACACCAACCAAAGUACCUCCUCCUUCUUCUUCCCCACAAUUGCACCAACCUCCACCACCACAACAACAGCAGCAAUCACUACCACCACAACAACAGCCACCACCAUCUUCACAACAGCACCAGCUCCAACAAUCACCAGCUCAGCAUCCUUCUCCUGCACAAUCACCAUUACAUCAUCAUCAUCCUUCUCAUCACCCACCACCAGGACCUCAUAUGCACCCUCAUGCACAUCAAAUGCAUCCAAUGCAGCAGCAAGGUGCUUCACCUGGGCCACCACCACCUGUAUCACCUGGUCCUAGACCCCAUACACCACCUCAUCCACACUAUCUUAAACAGCAUUUGCAGCAGCAACAUAAAAUGCCUCCUGGAGGUUACCAAGGGUCUGGCUCUGUACCACCCAGUCCUGGUUCAGGAAAUUACUGCAAUUCAUUAUCUCCUCAUAGUAUGGGUCCACCGGCACCAGUUCCUCCUACAAUGGCACCACCAAAUGUUUCAAUGAUGUCUGUUGAUCAUGAAGGUCAACAACCAAAUCUUAGUGGUGCUGUAACAUCAGUUGUUACCACUGGACCUGAUGGUACUGCUAUUGAUGACGCAAGUCAACAAUCAACUUUAUCUAAUGCUUCAGCUGCAUCUGGAGAUGAUUCCAGUUGUACAACACCUAAAAGGAAAGAAAAUCUUAGUGGUAAUGUUAUGUAUCAACAAGGUAUAGGUGGAAUAAUGGGACCUCCUUGUUCACCAGCUCAUGAUGAAUAUUCUAAUCCCGAAUCAAUGCCUCCAGCAUGGUCUAGAGGACCUCCAACUCAUAGUCCAGUAUUUAAUAGUCAUAUGGCUCAAAAUGAUCAUAUGUACCGACCAAAGAAACAUGAUAGCUUAAGUAAGCUAUAUGAAAUGGAUGAUAAUCCUGAACGUCGAAUUUGGUUGGAUAAAUUAUUGCAAUUCAUGGAAGAAAGAGGAACUCCAAUCUCAACAUGUCCUACAAUUUCUAAAAAUCCCCUUGACCUAUUCCGGUUGUACAUUUAUGUUAAAGAACGAGGAGGAUUCAUGGAAGUAUGCAAGGUGCAGUCACAAGUAACAAAAAAUAAAAUUUGGAAGGAUGUUGCUGGUCUUUUAGGUAUAGGUGCUUCAUCUAGUGCUGCAUAUACUCUGAGAAAACAUUAUACUAAAAAUUUAUUACCUUAUGAAUGCCAUUUUGACCGUGGUGGUAUAGACCCAGUACCUAUUAUUAAUCAAAUAGAAUCAUCUACUAAAAAGAAAAGUUCCAAGGCAACAUCUGUUCCUUCUCCUGGUUCUGCAGGAUCUAAUUCUCAAGAUUCUUUACCAUCUGCACCAACUUCUCAAGGACCUGGACAUGUAGAUAAUUAUCCAGGUUAUGGUGGUUAUGGAGUACCUCAAGAUUAUAAUUCUCCUCAAAGACCUCCACACCCCUCUCAUGGAAUGCAAGGAAACUAUCAAGUACCAGGUGGUUACAACCAAUACCCAAACAGCAAUGAUCAAUUUAGUCAACAUUAUCCACCAGCUAAUGCUCCCAUUAGUUACCCAAGUGGACCUGUAAGGCCAGCACUAUAUCCUCCUUACUCAAAUGAAGCAGAAAGGAGUUAUGGAAGCUCCAUACCCCCACAAGGACCACCUAAUGUUCCUCCUUCUCAAGGUCCAGGAAAUGGGCCAGACCCUUAUGGUCGUGGUCCUUUACCAACUGGUUAUCAAGCACCUACCAGAUUUCCAGGACCACCACCACCAAGUUCUACGCCAACUACAGUAAAUCCAACCCAAGGAGUAUCGGUUACUACUCCUGGUGGUUAUCCACCUGCUGGCCAACCACCCCAAGGAGACUAUUAUCGUCAAGAGCCUGCAAGUCCAGGUUACCCACCUCAAAGUAAUGCAACAGGCGCAUAUUCUGGUAAAGGGAUGCCACCACCACAACCACGUCGACAUCCUGAUUUUGCUAAAGAUCAAGCUGGUCCACCUCAACCUGCUGGUUAUCCUGGUUAUAGCUCUCAACAGCGUCCAAUGUAUCCAGGUCCUGGUCCAGGCCCAGGCCCAGGUCCAGGUUGGUCUGGCACACCUAAUGCUGUAAAUCAAUAUCCUAGACCUGGUUAUCCACCUGUGUCACAACCUCCACAGAAUUGGUCACAAGGUCCACCACGGGCUUUGCCACCGACACAUUUAGGACAACCUCCUCAAUGGGAUCAGCAUAGAUAUCCACCUCAAGGACAACCUUUUGCUAAUCAACAGAACCAUUGGGGCUCUUUAUCUCAAGGUCAAAUUAGAAUGCCAAGACACGGUUAUCGUCCAGAUGGUAAUAAACCAUAUGGACCUCAUAGUCCAAUGGCACCACCUCAUAUUAAGUCUGGAAUGCCUGGCCAACAAAUGUUUCAAGGUAGUAGCUUACUGAAACGAGAUGUAAUAUUUCCUCCAGAAAGUGUUGAGUCAGUAACUCCGAUUUUGUACAAACGUCGCCGCAUGACACGUCAAGAUGUUGCACCUGUAGAUGCUUGGCGUUUAAUGAUGUCUUUACGUUCCGGUCUUUUAGCAGAAUCCACUUGGGCCUUAGAUGUUCUUAAUAUUUUAUUAUUUGAUGAUACAUCCAUUCCAUAUUUUGGGCUCUCUCAUAUGCCUGGUUUAUUAGAUGUAUUAUUGGAACAUUUCCGUCAAUCAUUAGUGGAUAUGCUAGAGACAGAUAUAAGAUCCUAUUGUUGGUAUGAAAAAUCAAAAGUUUUGGAAGAAGAACCUGAAAUUGGUAUUGUAGACAGUAUUAAUGCAUCUGAAAAAGCUUAUUUUCCUGAUCCUACUACAACUCUUCAACGACCAAUAAAAUGUUCUGCUACUGUAGAUGGUUCUAAAGAACCAUUUAUUAAGAAUGGCAAGAGACCUUGGGAUAUUGUUGACAAUUAUGAUAUGGGCUACAAUAUUGCAGAAACUAAUACGAGUUUUUUGGUACCAUGUUUUCGAUCGGAAUUUGGAUUAGUGCCCUUUGUUAAACUAUUGAAAGGCAAAAAAGUGAAAUUAGAAGAAAAUUCGGAAAUUGAAAAACCAUCUAUUAAAGAGAUAAAAGUAGAAGACAAAGAAGAAUUAGAUAAUAAGGAACCUGUACAUAAUAAUGUAGAUAAAAUUGUAAAUAUUAAAAAUUUAAAUAUUUGUGAUCCUAUGGGAGUUUUACAACGUAAAAGUAUAUCUGAAUAUGAAGACGAGUGCUAUUCCAAAGAUGAGUCGAGUCUUUCGCUUAUAUCUGAUAGUCAAGAUACUAUUGGUAAAAGAUGUGUGUGCAUAUCAAAUAUAUUAAGGAAUUUGACUUUUGUACCUGGUAAUGAAAUGGAGUUUUCCAAGAGUGGUCCGUAUCUUGGUCUUGUUGGUAAACUGUUGUUAACCCAUCAUGAACAUCCUCUACGAUCAUCCAAAACCAGAAAUUAUGAUAAAGCAGAUGAUGAUACAGAAUUAUUGUUUAACUGUACUACAACAACUGAUGCUGAUACAAUUGAACCAGGCAAUGAUACUAAAUGGUGGUGGGAGUAUUUAGAUGUUGUUCGAGAAAAUUUAUUAGUUUCUUUAGCUAAUAUUGCUGGUUAUGUAGAUUUAAGCACAUUUAAUGAAGAUGUAUCUCGUCCCAUUUUAGAUGGGCUUUUACAUUGGGCAAUAUGUCCUGCAGCAGCUGGUCAAGAUCCUUUUCCUACAGCUCCAUUAUCCCCCCAACGGCUGGCUCUAGAGUGUUUGUGCAAACUUUGUGUAACUGAUAAUAAUGUGGAUUUGGUUAUAGCUACUCCGCCAUUUUCCCGUUUAGAAAAACUAGCAAAUGUACUCACACGUUUGUUAUGCAGAACUGAAGAACAAGUUUUACGAGAAUUUGCAGUCAACCUAUUGCAUUAUUUAGCUGCUGCUGAUAGCAGUAUGGCUCGUACAAUUGCUCUUCAAAGCCCUUGUGUAUCGCUUUUAGUAGCUUUUAUUGAACAGACCGAACAAAAUGCACUUAGUGUUGUAAAUACACAUGGCCUAAAUGCAUUGCGUGACAAUCCAGAUUCCAUGGGUACCAGCUUAGAUAUGCUAAGAAGAGCUGCUCGAAUAUUAUUAUUACUAUCAAGACAUCCAGAUAAUAGAACAUUAUUUCUUCAACAAGAGCAGAGGCUACUGUCUCUAGUCAUGAGUCAAAUUCUUGACCAGCAAGUAGCAGCAAUUAUAUCUCGUGUUUUAUUUCAAUGUUCUAGAAAUACACCGUCUCCUUUCACUCAACAGUAAAUCAACUUAAAUAUAGUCCCAUAAUAAUAAUUCUUCCACAUUUAUUCUUUUUGCUCUUAUUUUUGGCUAAAAAUUAAUAUUUCAAAUUUAUUAAGAUAGCUAACACUAUUUUAUGCAAGUUUUUUUUCUCUGGGAAUUUUUUUCAAUGAUUGACAAAGUAAAAUUAUAUAUUUAAUCCUUAGACAAAUCAAACAAAGAGACUGACCGUGUGAUUGUUUUUAGAAUUUUUUCAUGCUAAUCAAUAAUGUUAAAUCCUUUAUUAUUGAGGUUUUGUUAAUAUUUUUAUUAUUAUAGCAUAAACAUAACAUUUUCUGCAUUAAACAUUGUGUAAAUAGUGAACACAUUAUUUCAUGUAUAUAAUAUCCCAAAUAAAUUUUGUGGGGGUUACUAUGAUUUAGUCAAACUGAUACUUAAAAAUUGUAACAUUGAUUUUUAUUUAUUAUUAUUUUACUUUUGUAAUAUUUCAGAUAAUAUUUUAUACUUUGUACUAUGUAUAUAAUGUGUAAUAAUAAUAAUAAUUAACAAUGUUAUAAGUGCGUUUAUUUUUAUUUAUUUUUUAAUUUUUCUCAACCUGAAAAAUGUUAAGUUGCCUCAAAUGAAUUGUAAGUAGACUAAAAUUUAUAUAAUCUUUUACAAUUAGCUGUAAUAAUAAUUAUUAUUUUAUUAUACAUAAUAUAUAUAUAUAUAUANUAUAUUUUUUUUUUU